UCCCGCCCGCUCCGGGGGGGGUGCUGUGGGUGGUGGGGGCCGAGCCGGGCCCCGGUUGCUUCACCGGGCCAGGGUCGAAGUCCAGGCGCCGGCAGCGCGCUCCCGCAGCCGGACACAGCCCGCGACGGAGGCGGCGGGGCCCGCGCCCAGGUGGAUGUGACAGUCAUGGCAUGGCUCUUCAGCUACGUGGAUGUGACUGACUCUGCCUUCAUUGUGGCUGCCCUCUCCAUCGCCUUCAAUCCUCUCUUCUGGAACAUGGUAGCCAGAUGGGAGCACAACACACGAGCGCUCAGCCGAGUCUUUGGCUCUCCCCACGCUGCCUGCUACUGCCUGGGUGCUGUUAUCCUGCUGCUUAACUGUGUGCGGAGCCAUUGCUUCACAGAAGCCAUGAAGAGCCAACCAAAACUGGAGGGCUUGGACUGCCACUGGGCCUAUUACUUGGGCUUGGCCAUCUUGGCUGUAGGGACCUUGUUUGUCAUCAGCAGCUUCUUAGCACUGGGAUUCACUGGGACAUUCCUAGGUGAUUACUUUGGCAUCCUGAUGGAGGCAAAAGUGACCAGCUUCCCCUUCAGCGUCCUGGAUAACCCCAUGUACUGGGGCAGCACAGCCGUCUACCUGGGCUGGUCUCUCAUGCACGCAAGCCCAGCAGGCCUCUUGCUGACAGCAGUCGUGGCAGUGUCCUACAAAAUCGCCAUGCUGUAUGAGGGGCCUUUCACAGAAGAAAUCUAUCAGCAGAAACAGAAGGGAGCGAAGAGCAAGUAGCAAGAGCAGCAUCUCGGAUACCUCGCACAGCGUGCCUCUGCGGUCCCCACACUGGCCCAUUUGCCCGUUUUCCUACUGAGAUGUAUCCUGUAAUUAGCCCAGCAACCCUUAAUGAGCCAACUGAGCACCCCGCAGGAUUGGAAGCAAGGGGAGGAACACCUCCUUGCUGCUUGAGAUGGAGGUCCCUGUCCCCAGGUCUCUGUCCCCAUUGCCAGCUCAUUGCAGCUCGUGCCAUGAAGGUGGUACCAUGGCAUGGGACCUCCCAGCCUCUUCUGCACCACUUACUGGAGAUCUGCAGGGGAAGAAGCAAUACAGCACCAGCCCUGGACUGGAGGGCAAGAGGUGAUGGAGACACUGAGACCCUUGUGUAAGUUACCUCUGAGAGUGGAGAAGCACCAACUGAAGAUGCUGCUGAAGAGCCAGGGGAAGAGAAAAGCUCAGGUGAAGCAAUGGGGAGGGCUCAGGAGCUCCUGAGGUGUUCAGACACAGCUGGAGAAGGAAGAAAGGAAACUGCUGUGAACCCAACAACAAACCCUCUCUCUCUGGGAGAGGGGAACUUCCCCAUCCAGAGCUCUGGUUUCCCACCUGUAGCAUCUCCACACUAUGUGGAAAGGCUCCGAGAAAGGUGACGGAAGAGCAUGGAGAAGUGAAGAACA